AUGCCGAGUCAUCUCUUGCUGGCGACAGCCCUUGUUUUGCAGGUGCUAAGCGCCACCCAGGGGUCGCUGGUGGCGCGUCGAGAUGACGGGAUUGCAAGCACGCCCGCCGAUGCGCCGGCCUCCGUGGUCAACAGCCAGAUUGCCACUUUUACGUUUGAGGAUACAGCCGACUUUACGACCACCUUUGCCUGCAGCUUGGAUGGCGCUGCCACCGCGCCCUGCACCUCUCCUUUCACAACCGCCGACAACCUGGGCGAGGGCUUCCACACAUUCACCGUCGCCACCAACAAUGGACAACAGGUCAUCCUGAACUGGACCAUCGACCUGACAGCUCCCACGCUCACAGUUGCUGCCCAGCCCAACCUGGUGGUGGCGCCCAGCGCGACCUCUAUUCUUCGCCUCACCAGCACCGAGCCCGUGGUCUGGCUCUGCCAGCUGGACGCCGGCACUCGUGCCUAUUGCAACAAUGACGCCACCGCCGCCGGUGUCAUGCAGGUCGAUGUUCCACCUCUCCCUGCCGGUCGCCACCAGUUUCAGAUCUUUGCGCGGGACCAAGCCAACAAUGCGGCCACGCCCGUGACCCUGCAUUGGUCUAGUGGUGCGCUGCUCACCCCGCGCCGCUGCCCGUACCUGUCCACCAUUUCCUGGCCUCAAUCCUUACCACAUAUUGCCUGCCAAUGUGCCGAUGCGCCUUGCAGACGAUUGCAUUUCGACCAAUGCCUGCAAAGCAUCGACCUGUGGCACUGCUCCCACCAAUUGCGCCUGUGGCCCAGGCUUCUACGUCGACUUGACCGAUACACUCAUUUGCCGACUGUACAUUGCACCAACAACGCCGAUAGCACCUGCGGCAAUAAUUGCCAGUCUUAUUAUACCGGUGGCCAGAACCAGCUCGCCUGUGAGACUCUCACCUUGUUUUGA